UAGCUAGGAAACCAUCAUUCGAAAAUGGCCUCAACCGUGUUCGCUGUAACGUUCGAACUAAUUUUGCUGAUCACCGCAGGAUACGCAUUGCCCAGUAGAGCCCAUCAAAGGAUCGUCGGGGGCGAUGAAAUCGACAUCGCUAAAGUUCCCUUCAUGGCAUCGGUAUCGGGCAACCGUGGCCAUUACUGCGGUGGAUCGAUCUUAAGCGGACGUUGGAUUCUGACUGCGGCUCAUUGUAUCGGGGAUUCGGGCAGUUCGGGGCUUGCCGUUAGAGUUGGCUCCAGUCGUCACGCCGAGGGCGGUCAGCAGGUUCGGGUUCGACGUUGUGAGGUGCAUCCUCGGUGGAAUCCUUCGACGAUUGACUACGACUUUGCACUAUUGGAGUUGGAAGAGGUGCUAGUGCUUGGGAAGGAUGUGCAGGCUGUGGUGUUGCCAGCGAAAGAUGAGGCUGUUGCUUAUGGGAAGGUUUUGUUGGUUUGUGGAUGGGGGAAGACCGUGAACGGAGGAUCAGCUAAUAGUCCGACGUUGCGAGCAGUGAAUGUUCCGGUGGUGAACCAGAAACAGUGUGAGAGGGCUUACUCGAAUUUUGUGCAAGUUACCCCGAGAAUGUUGUGCGCUGGGCACGCUGAAGGGGGUAAGGAUAUGUGCAAUGAAGAUUCCGGUGGUCCGCUGGUCGAUGGAAAGAAACAGGUUGGUGUUGUAUCCUGGAGUAAGGAGUGUGCUGCAGCGGGAACACCUGGAGUAUAUGCGCGGGUGGCUGUUGUUCGGGACUGGAUAAAGGAGGUUGCGGGUGUUUGACGGGAGUGGGAAUAAAAGUGGAAUGCAGAUCAGUAUUAAA